UUUAGUUUAUCAAUUUGUCACGCGCUGGCGUAUUUACAUAGAAAUAGAAUGCGUUUGACUCAUAAUUGUAAAAUGUAAAUGUUCUUUCAUUCCCUCAGUGUAUCUGAUAACUGGGAAGAGAACAGAGGGAGGGGCAGAAGUGACAGGAGGAGGAGUGUUAAAACAGAUGAUAGACCAAGGUAUGAAAGGUUCCUCCUGAAUCUAAAGGAGCAACUGCUCUAUUGUAUCUGUGCUUGGCUAAAUGAAAUGACAACUUGAUACGUUUGAUAGCAAGGAAACCACAUUUCCAGCUGCACUUGUGUGCAGGUCGGGUUGUCAUAGGAAUCACUAAACUCAGGUAGGUAGUCCAGGAUUACUCCGCUGUAUCGUACUCAGCAGGAAAUACUGCACCAUGCUUGUACAAGAAAUAAGACCAAUGGCCUUUAACAGGGCAGCAAAAUCAAGGAGUUUGGGUCGACACUGUCUUCGACAACUUAAACUAGCUCGAUGGGUCAAGCACUGUGGAGGCUGCCUCCCCGACAACAGCAGCAGCUUCAGGAAGAGCUUGCAGACCGACUGGCUGACCGAGGAGAAGGAGGAAGACAAGAGCAAGGGAGUGAUGGAGGUCCCCAGAAAAGAGCUCCUCAGCAGUGUUAUGGCCCCGAUAUCUACCAUCUGCUGAGAACACGCAUUGGAGGUAGGGAACGCCAUGGUUGUAUAGAUUUGGAGAUGUUGCCACCUGAAUUAGGCAUCACCAUACUGUCUUACCUGAAUGCUACUGAUCUAUGCCUGGCUGGCUGUGUGUGGCAGGACCUGGGAAAUGACGAAUAUCUUUGGCAGGGGCUGUGUAAGUCCACAUGGGGACACUGCUCAAUCUACAACAGAAGACUACCUGCUGGUUUCUCAUAUAGAAGACUAUACCUACAGCUAGAUGAAGGCAGCCUGACAUUCAACGCUAACGUACAGGAGGGUAUCAGUUAUUUCAUGUCCAAAGGUAUACUCGUGGAUCAUCCGACAGAGCUGGCUAAAUUCAUCUUCUACACUAGACGGCUCAACUGGAAGAUGCUGAGGAUUUACCUGGAUGAGAGGCGGGAUGUUCUGGACGAGUUGGUGACCCUCCAUAACUUCAGUAACCAGUUCCUCCCCAACGCUCUGAGGGACUUCUUCAGACACAUCCAUGCACCAGAAGAGAGAGGAGAGUACCUGGAAACCCUCAUCACCAAGUUCAGCCACAGGUUCUGUACCUGUAACCCCGGCCUGGUCCGAGAGCUGGGCCUCAGUCCUGAUGCUGUGUAUGUGCUGUGCUACAGUCUGAUCCUGCUGUCCAUCGACCUGACCAGCCCCCAUGUCAAAAACAAAAUGUCCAAGAGGGAGUUCAUCAGGAACACUCGCCGAGCAGCACAUAAUGUCUCGGAUGACUUUGUGGGCCACCUCUAUGACAACAUAUACCUGAUUGGCCACGUGGCUGCGUAGCUCCAGUCCAAAUCCUCAUACUGCACUGAAGAAUAGGAAUUUGGGAUUGGGUUCCUACACAUGUCUGGAAAGUAUGGAACAUUGUGGAAACGGAUAUUAACAAUUUUCACAACAACCAUUAAAUCUUACUAGAAAGGUGAGACAAACAAAUAAAGUCCACCACUGCACUGUGAGAGACUGUGCUAUCGAAUAUUAGGAAUGUUAUUAGAUUUUUAUCAGAGAAACAUAUGAAAUGUCUUUAAAACCCAGUCACUGCAAAGAAGGAGGUUUUAAAGUGGAACCAUGAAGACGAGCUCUGAUACUGCACUGACGGAUGGAGAGUACUGAUUGGUGGAGGGAGGAGGAGGAGGAGGAGGAGCACUGCCCUCAGCCUGUCACAGAUGUUGGCACAGUCCUGCUGACUUCCUAUUGGACAGCUGCUUCACGUUCACCAGUAGGACACAUUCUUGUAGGAAGUGACACAGGACCUAAUACAAGGCUAACGCAAGAGCACUCACUAAUAUCACUCGUAGCAUUUAUCAGUGUAACUAAUGACAAAGGUACAUUGGAGCUGUUCAGCUGAUCAGUUGACCUUGAUACAUUGUCCAGGGGAAACAACCAGAAUGUCCAAGUGUCAAGAUGAAGCUAGAUCUGGUUUUCUGUGGCUCAUACUACUUGUUUUUUUGUUUUCCACUUUAUGAGUAUAAUGAACAACACAACAACAAUUUUAAUGUAAGAACAUUUUCGGAUUAUUAUUAUCUUUAAUCUCUCUUACUUUUUUUCUUUUGAGGUUUGCUUGUAUGUGUUCCAAGUCAGAGUCGCCAAACUGCACAAACGUGACGUAAAUGGCUUGUUUCAGUCUGAGGGAUGUCACCUGUUCAUGAGCAGGUGUGCGCUUGUGUGAUUAGGAAAUUAGCAGAAUUGACGGCCCUAAAAUUGCCAUAAAAAGCGACCUGUUCCACUCUGUGGGCAGGUUUCAAUCGCAAACAAAGAGUCAAAUGAAGAAGCUCUGCCGUCAGAAAUAUUCCAAUAAAAUCUCAAAUACAAAUGAUGAUGAUAAUGUGAUGGACAGAAUAUGAAUUUUGCAUUUUAUUUUAGUUAAUUUUGGUCUCAUAUUCAAACUCCACAUUCAUUCAGAUUAAGGCUUUAUUAAUCUAAAAUGAUUUAACGAACAAGUAAAUCCUGAAAACUGCAUAAAUAUACAUCUCAUGGUGACACAUGUGAAAGGAAAAUGUUAUAUGCACUUAGUAUUUACAGUAAUGCUGGAACCAGCUAAUAUUUUGUGCAAGAUUUUGUCCAGAUUAUGAUUGAAAUUGAAUGUAUUGAUAUACAUGGGAAAUGUAUAAUCACAGUGCUCUGGAGGUGACAUGCUUCUUGUACAUCAGAUAGAGCACAGCAGCUUCUAUGUUAGCUGCUUUAUGAGGAUGCUAAAAGUAUUUGUGAAGGUUUGUGAUGGACCUGGUUGUAAUUCUGGCAUCUUUAUCAAGGAAAUGGCUAAAGUCAAGUGUAGAGGAAGACGAUGUGAAGUGAGGUAAAAUAAGGGAUUUGUAUCAAGUCAUGCUGCAGUGUUGAUUGUUUAAUUGACACAGAAGGACACAACCACUGGCUGAAGUCUGUGGACGACAGUGCAGUAAAUUGUAUGAGGUUCAUGAAGUUCUUCUGUUUUAAAAAAUAUUAGUGCUAUAAUUUAUAAUAUUUUUGCACACUGCACACUCAUUUACCCCCAAUAACCACAGCUUUACCAUUUUUUAUCAAAACUAAAACAUUGCUGCCAUGACAAUAAUCCAUCAAUUUAAAUUAGGCACGUAGAUAUAAAGACUCUAAAACACUUUGUUUUAGAGUUUAGAUUUGCUUUUAAUGGAGUUUUGUAUUAGUGGAAGCCUGUUACUGUACACAUGUAGGGCAGCACUACAGCAGAGAAGGUGUGGCGUCUGUAACAGCCAAUCUGGAGAAAUGGAAGUGUGCAAUAAACUUGAAUCAGGACAUAAUGAAGACUUCAAACAUUCAGAAAUGUGACAUAUUUUCAGCUGUUGCAAUGAUUCCCAUCAGAAUGCAGCAUGAUAUUCACUCUGUGCUCGUAGCUUCGAAGCCCAGCAGCUAGCAUGUAGCCACAGCUAACAGUGAGGUCAGUGAUCACAGUGGCCACUGAAUGUAACCAUAGGAACAGACAGCAGUUUUUUAAUUAAGGGGUUAUAUCCUAACCUUGAUAGCUAGCUAUAUCAACCAACAUUCAUUUAUCUUUGGAUUUGUUCUCUAUCCUAUCAAAUUCUGUUGUAAGAUCCUCUUCAUUAGAUUGUAACAUUAUUACUAUUGGAGAUAUAUUAUUGCUGAUGCUGCACACUGAUUUAGAACUAGAACAUCAUUGUUUUCUUGUUGUUGUGGUUACUAGAAGACUGUAUGACUGACACAAUGUACUGAGGAACUGUCCCAAAUGUCGGCCUCAUUAAAUCUGGGUUUGAUUUUACUCACAUGUUUCAACCACCUGCAGUUAUACAUGUUGAGCUAUGAAAAGGUAAACAGUGUACGUUCUUAGACCGUAAUGAUGCAUCUAUUUCAUCUGUUACACUGAGUGAUGCACAUUCAGUUCAGGGAUAUGUCUGGUUCCUCUUCCUCACUCGAUGAAGGUGCAGAGAUGUGUUUCCUUUCUCUCCACUGUAAAGUUUGGUAAAUACAAUACAUGGAUGGGAAAGUGAUUACAGACACUUAACAAUUCUCAGCUACAGUUUAAAUGAGGAUGAAUAAAUGUCUCAAAACUGAUGCUGGGAGAACACUUA